GGAAGGAGUGUGCUGCAGAUCAUUAGCUGUUUGGGUUUCUGUGGCUCAGGUUUAUGAGAAGUGGAUCGGUGCCAAUUCAGCAGAACAAUGGCGUUUAGGACUGGCACACAUGACAUCUGCAAGGUUAAUCAGAAAUAUCAAAGUGAGGAUGAUAAUCAAAGUAAGCAGCUGAAAGAGAAGCUUAUUGUUGACCUUAACACUAAACUUAAAGAGGAGACUAAAAGCCCGGAACACAGCUUUUCUGACUUCUCCAAUGUAUUUGCCUCAGACUUGCUGCCUUCAAGAAACGGUGAGAAAUAUACUGAACGUUUUCUACAAGAAGUUUUUGAAAUUCUUUUCAGUUACAUUAGAAAAACAUUUGAUGGGAAAAGUAAAGUUCUAGAUUUCCAUCACCCUCAUCAGUUACUGGAAGGCUUGGAAGGAUUUAACCUUGAAAUAUCUGAUCAGCCUGAGCCUUUGGAACAGAUUCUUGGUGAAUGCAGAGAUACUCUAAAAUAUGGCGUUAAAACAGGCCAUCCUCGAUAUUUCAAUCAACUUUCCAGUGGCCUAGACUUGGUUGGACUAGCUGGUGAAUGGUUGACUGCAGCAGCAAAUACGAACAUGUUUACAUAUGAAAUUGCACCAGUGUUUGUGAUUAUGGAAGGGUUAUUGAUUAAGAAAAUGCACGAGUUGGUUGGCUGGGGAGAAAUUGAAGCUGAUGGUAUAUUCUCUCCUGGUGGUACUAUAUCAAACUUGUACAGUGUUCACGUAGCUCGAUACAAGUUUUUUCCUAUUGUAAAAACAAAAGGAAUGGCUGCACUACCAAGGAUUGUUCUCUUCACUUCAGAGCAUAGUCACUAUUCCUUUCAGAAAGCAUCUGCUGCACUUGGCAUUGGAGUAGAAAAUGUGAUUGCGGUUAGGUGCGAUGAAAGGGGGAAGAUGAUACCAUCUGAUUUGGAAGAAAAGAUACUGUCUGAGAAGAGAAAGGGACAUGUACCUUUCUAUGUAAGUGCCACUGCUGGGACUACAGUGUAUGGAGCAUUUGAUCCCUUUAUGAAGAUAGCUGACAUUUGUGAGAAGCAUGGGCUCUGGAUGCAUGUUGAUCCAGAGCAUACCAAUGUUUGCUUUUGGUAUUUACCACCCUGCCUGAAGGACAUUCCAAGGGAUGAAGAAUGGAAUAUUAAAUUGCAUAAGGUCACUGCAAGGAUUAAAGCCCAGAUGAUGGAAGAGGGAACAGCAAUGGUCAGUUACCAGCCCCUGAAAGAAAAGCCCAAUUUCUUCCGUAUGGUGUUUUCUAACCCGGCUUCUAGGAAAUGUGAUAUAGAUUUCCUUCUAGAUGAAAUUGAAAGGCUGGGAAGGGACCUAGAAUUCUAACGCAAAGCUUUUUUAGGUCUAUGGAAUGUGCAUUGAAUAAGGCAAUAUGCGUUCUAGUUGUCUUGAAUGUCUUGUCUUAAACUAAACAUUCUUCUAAUAAUAUAUAUAUUUUUUUUACACUUUCUGUGAAUUUGCACUUUUUGUAUAUACAUAUAUUUAACAUUUUUGCCCAGCUUUGUUACUCUUAGGAGAAAAUUUAUCAAACCUUGUGCAUAGGUUUUCUAUUUACUUUUCUAUUUUGUAUUUUAACCUAAAACUUUGUUCAAAUGUUUAAAACACAGUAUGUUGUGUGUUUCUAUUCAAUGUCUUGUAUUUCCUAAGCCGCCUUAUAUUUGAUUGUAGUUA